AUGCUUUUUCUCUGCUUUCUAACCAAACGUGAUACACUGGUCGUCAACGUAAAAUGGUAUUACCGACCUUCAGAGGUGCCCUACAAUGUCUAUCAAUAUUUGAUGCAGGAUAGGCAUACUGAAAACAAAUCUGAUCUAGCAAUAAAAGAUCCUUUGAUCAGUUCACGUGAAUUAUUCAUCUCUGAUGUAUGUGACACAUAUCAAGUUGCAACAUUAAGGGGCAGAUGUAAAGUACAACAUUUCAAAGAUAUUGUAUCUGCAAGAGAGUUCAAACCUGCCCAGGAUUCUUUCUUUUACAUCUUGGGGUAUAACCCUGAAAGCAAGAGGCUGGCGACAACUCAGGGAGAAAUUCGGGUUGGCACGAGCCACCAGGCUCGGCUUCCUGAAUGUAAGUGUGAUGUGUCUCCCUCAGACAUGCCGGAGAAAAGCGAGCACAUGGAAGAGCUGCGUUGGCGACCACAGUGUGUCAUCGACGGGGAACUCAUGAUGUAUCUGAGAGCUGCCAGGAGUGUGGCAGCUUUCGCUGGAAUGUGCGAUGCUGGCUCUACAGAUGACGGCUGUCAGGCUGCAUCAAUGGAUGAGACAACCAUAAAUGCCAUGGACACGCUUCAUUUCUACCAUUAUGACACUGGGAAGGCACUGCAAGCUCUUGUCAAGUGCCCAGUACCUCGUGGAAUUGAGAAGAAAUGGACAGAUGAUGAAACGAAACGUUUUAUCAAAGGUUUACGCCAGUAUGGUAAAAAUUUCUUCAAGAUCCGAAAAGAACUGCUUCCACAUAGAGAAACGGGUGAACUGGUGGAGUAUUACUAUUUUUGGAAGAAAACUCCAGCAGGUAUUACGGCUCGGCCACAUCGGCGCAAUCGUAGACAAAGUGGUUUAAAGAGACAAACAACUCGAUCACAGCGCCCACCAUCCAGCGAGUUUUAUCUGAGUUCUGCAAGUGAAAUUUCUGACAAUGACUCUGAGGACAGUGAAGGACGCGACUUGAGUGGUUACUCAUGUAGGCAUUGCUUCACUACUACGUCUAAGGACUGGCACCAUGCAGGCAAGGAUAAAGCCCUCCUAUGCACGGAAUGCCGCUUGUUCUUCAAGAAGUAUGGGGAAGACAGGCCGGUAGUGGACAGUCCUCGGGAUCCCCCACCGUUUCUCUUUAAGCCAGUCCAAGAGGACGAAGCAAUCAACGGCAAACACAACAUGCGAACUAGGCGUAGCAGAGAAUCUGCUGGUAAAAGCAAAAAGAAGGAUCGUCAAAGUACGAGUAGUCCUGAUAAUAUAGAUAGUCCUCUCAACAGCUCCUCCAGCUCACAAAAAAUCACUGGUCGAAAGUCACCUAGCACAGUGAGCACCUGUAGUAACAGCAGCACUGAUCGUGACAAGAAAGCAACCACAACCACUGCUACUAGACUUAGGAAGGGCACUUCUGAUAGUCCAGUCAAGAGUCGGAAGAGACAGCAUCAUUUAGAAGCAGACAAAUUUUCCAAGAAAAAGAAGUCUCAGGAUCCGUCAGAUUCAGAAUCUGUGUCUGAUAGCAGCAGUAUAUCUGGAAAUGAAGAGAACGGCAAUGAAGGAGAUAUUGAAAAUAAUCAGGAUGAUUUGAGUUCCAAUUCACCACCAAGUACUCCAAGUCCGGCAGAUACUUUGGUGUGCAAACCUCAACUAGCAUCUCAGCUAGCGGCAACACUUCCAGCUCCUCCAUCUUCUGAUAGCCCCCGGGGGGAUGCCCAGACAGUGCCUACUGAGUGCCCAAUUCCUCCACCACCAACAGUGGCAACACCCCCAUCUUCAAUCACACAACAAGCCCCGUCACCUUCACAACAGCCUCCCCCACUACCGCCACCACCACCCCAGCAACAACAGCCAUCAUCACCUCUGCAAUCCCAGACGCAGUUACCCCAACAGCCACAACCACCUGUGCCCCCAGUUUCAGCAGUACAAAGUACACAUCCUGCACCAGCCUUGCAGGAAGAAGAGGAGUUUACUUCUCAGAGAAAACCAGCAUUGUCAGAGCAACCUCUGGUGGAAAUUAAACAGGAGCCAAGGGACAUUGUUGAAAACACUCCACCUCCUCCACCACCCCCAUGGCCUCAUUUGUCACAGCAUCACCAUCUUCCACCAUCAAGUGGAAGUUCAGGCCACAUGCCUAGUGCCCUUCAGCACCCAACUCUUCAUUCCCAUUCUCUGCCGCCACCUCCCUUGCAAAUCAAGCAAGAGGUGCACUCUCCUGUGCCCGGACCAGAACCGCCAACACAGCGAUGGGAAUAUUCACACAUGGACCGUUACCCGUUUCCUCAUCCAUUGCAGCAUCAACCGCCUCUUUCAUCACAAGGGCCUCCAUCAUCAGGCCACAUGGCACACUCAUCACCACAUUCACAACAGACUGCAGCUUCUGUGCACUCGACACAACAACAACAGCAGCAGCAACAACAACAACAACAACAGCAGCAACACUCACAACAGAAUCAGCAGCAACAACAACCACCACCACCACCACCUCCACCAUCAUCUCUACCACCCCCACCUCCUCCUCAUCACAUGCCAGUGCACCAAUCUUUGCAUCAACAGUCAUCCCUGUCGAUGCAGAUGCCCCCAUCACAAUUGUCACAAGGGCCCAAUCAGCCACCACCACCUCCACAGCAUCCUCCACACCACUCAUCAUCUCGUCACCAUCAAUCAACUCCUCCUCCACUGCCUCCUCCUCCUUCUCAUCAUCACCAGCACUCCUCUCAGGGUCCACCACAAGGCCCACCACCUCCUCCGCACCACCCACACUCUUUGGGCCCACAUUCACAGUCACAUCAUCCAGCAUUGUCCCAAAAGCAUCAUCAGUCUUUACCUCCCCAUUCAGCACCUCCACCCUUGCAGCAGUGCAUGCCACCUCUUUCUCAGACUCAUUCUUCAACUACUGCUGGCAGUGUGGAAAUUAAAAAAGAACCUGAGGAAUACCAGCUCAAGCCAACUCCUCCAUCUCCCAAAGCAACAGCUCAAGGAUUGGCCCCUGAGUUGACCAAUAAAUGUUUGGACAGUAAGGAUUUGGUUACCUCUGUACCACUUCCACCUCCUCCACCUCCACCUCCGCUGCCUCAUUCUCACCCUUUGGGGACUGAGACCCCUAAGGACUCUCAAUAUGAAAGGGAUUCAGAUAGCAAUGAUGAUGAGUGCCAGAGGCCACCUAGUCCAGAACCAGAUCCUACACCAUGCAAUAAAGAAUUCCAUAAAAGCAAAAAUGCGAUAUUUAUUAAACUGUUGAAUCGAGGAAUUAAUUCCUGUUCCCGCUGUGAUCUAGUUUUUAAACCCCAACCACAUUCUGAACUUGCAAAGAAACGGGAAGAAAGGGAGAAGAAAGUUUUACAAACGUCUGCUGCUGUUAAAGAAGAAAAAAUUCAGCCGCAAAAACGAAUUGAUACGCCAGUCAAGUCAAGCUCAUCUGAGGCACAAGUUACCAGUACUCUAUCAUCUCAGCAUGGUCCUUAUGGCAAUGAAAGGAUGACUCCGCGUCCAUAUCCAAGCCAUGACACUCCAGCAUUGAGACAGCUCAGCGAAUAUGCUCGACCACAUACGUUAGGUCAAGAUUUUGCAAGAUCUGGACCAUACGGAUUAUCUGCCCUGCCUCCACAUAUGGAUCCAAUGCUACAUUAUAGAUUAGCAUCAGUAUAUCCAAGUGGGUCUCGAGAAAGUGUGGAAGCAAGGUUAUAUGCCUCAAGGCUGGAGCUUGAAUUGGAGCGAGACAAACGGGAGCGAGAUGCUCGAGAAAGAGAGCUACGGGAGAGAGAAUUACGUGAAAUGGAAAUGAGGGAGAAAUUCAAAGCUGAGCUAGAGAUGAAACCACCCGGUACUCCUGGUUCAAAAAUACGCGGAAACACUUUGGAUGCCCCUCAUUGGCUCGACAUGAGACGUUUUAGUUACCCUCCCACUGCAACUGCUGGUCCACUAGUCCAGCAGUCUGCAGGUAACAGCUCUAGUAGCAAUGCACCACAUAUACCUGGGGUAUAUCCACCCAGUAGUUUAGCCAAUGACCUUUUGGCGAGAGAAAGAGAACGUUUGGAACGGUUAGGUUUUCCGACUGGUAUCUCUCAUUUGCUGGGUGAGCAGGGCUAUGUGACAGCAGCAGCAGCCAUGGACCGGAUGUCUGCCGAGCGGCUGCAAGCCGAGCGACUUGCCCUCAGUACAGAUCCAAUGGUUCGCUUACAGAUGGCCAGCCUUUCAGCCUCAGCAGCCACAUCGGCAGCAUCCACCCAUGCUCAUACCCACACUCAUGCCCAUGCUCACACUCAUCUGCACGUCCAUCAGCAGGACCCCUUAGCAACGCCAGUCCAUCCAUAUGCAGCUGCUAACUCUGCAUCGCAGCACUUGUUCCAAGCAAUCUGCCAAGAUAUUCUUCAUAGCGAUCACAUGACAGGACGAAUGAUUUAUGAAAUAUACUCUCAACGACUCACAAAUGAGCAACACAUCUACUUGCAAAGAGUAACUAACGAGUGUUACCUACGUUCAAAGCAUGAUAGAAGUUUGGUAGAUCCCUCACAUUUGGUGUAUCAAUUUUCUCGAGCUGAUCCGAUGUCUGGAGUAACUCCAGGUUCAACAAAUCCUAGUGGUCACCAUUUAACAGGAUUGCCACAUUCGUAUCCCUCCCACCCUCUAUUGGCUAAUCGAGAUCGGGAGUAUCUCCACCCUGAUUUGAUCAGGGCAUAUGGUGAUCAAGCCUUAGCACAUCAGAUCUCGGCACAGGCAGCUCACCAAGAAGCUAUGCAACGUCAGUUAGCCAUGGAACGUGAACGAUAUGGAGCAGCUGGCCACCUGCCUCAUUAA